GCUCAUCCGACACAAGACUACGCGAAACCGUAUCUAUUUUUACGGAAUAUAGUUAUUAGAUUAGAAAUUUGAUAGAGCAAUUUUGCAAUUAAGAUGUUUCUGAGAAAGAUUUUAGAAGGAAAAAAGAUGAUAUGAAUCUUAAAUUUGAUUUUGUGAGUUUACAAGGGUAAGUUAGCAAAGGAGGUUAAUUUGAAUUUUUAGGUUAAUUUAGAAAAAAAUCAAAAUUAAGAUUUACAUAUUUAAACAACUCUCCUUUUUUUUUUUUGAUAAAUAUUUGUUAAAUUAUUCUUGUAUUGAAUAAUAUAAUUUUAAAUAUUUAUUUUCUUAUAUAAUGACUAAUCAAAUCUAUCGACAAAAUAAAGUAUUUUUUAAAUACGAGAUAAUAACAGGAAUAAUACCAAUUUUCGUAACCAAAUAAUUAAACUUACUGGAUUUCAUUUCCAAUGAAACGUGUCGUAUCCACGACUUCCUAAACUAGUGAAAAAAUGAAAAAGAAAAAGAAGAAAAAUAGUUCCCCAUCAAUUUUCGCGUUCUUCGUAGCCACGAAAAUCGAUUCGAAAUACAGUAAAUAGAAGAUAAAGAAGUGCCAUGAGUAAUUGGCAUCGCUUGGAAGCCGAUGUGCUCGGUGAUCGAGAAAAACGAGAAAGCUGCGGCCAAGUGAAACUGUAUAAAACGUGGGUAACUCGGCAUACUAUCAUCAGUUCUACGAAUAUUCAAACCAGAAGCGCGGUGACCAGUAAUCUCAACAAUGAAUCAAUUGACAGUAACAUUUCUUCUCUUGUGCGGUGUCUACGGUGCUUUGGCCGGACGUCGUUACAUAGCCAUUCCAAUGGAUGGGAUCGACGUGAUCGAGCUGAGUCCAGUGGCACCAUCCACACCGAGGAUUGCUCGUCAAACCGAGGCUUAUAUACCCAUACCAGUUCCUAGUAUUUCUCAGGAAGAGCUCAAGAGUCCUCGGCAAGAGAGGUCCAACGCCCACAUCCUGGAUUACGUGGAUUUCGGUGGACAAACGGGAUCGAAUGGAGCCUUCAGCUGGUACGCCGAUUAUCCGGCACAUCACUAAUGAUCCAAAGGAUCGAGAAUAGUUUUACACACGCGAUGCAUCCUGCUUAUUGUAAUAUAUAAUAACUAAAAUUAGAUUUUGUGAAGGAGAUCGAAAAAAUUGCAAUUUAUAAAUGACAUUUUAUCUGUUUGAUUAGAUUGAGUCAUAUUGAAACAUUUUUUUAUAAGAAUUAUUUACGUAAUGAUUAAGUUGAUCAUUGAGUUGAAGAUUCAUUUGUUAAAUAGUUUUUAAGACGUGUAAUUUAUACGAGAUAUAUAUAAGUUUGAAAUUUGAAUUAUAUUUUGAGUUA